GAAUUCCCAUUUUGUAUAAAAAAAAAUGCCAAACGAAACAAGGAAAGAAAAACACACUAUGAAGAGCUUCAAACAUUGUAAGGAAAUAGAUGGCAAAUUGAACGAAGACAUACUGAAACUGCUUAGGAAUAUAAUGAGUCGAGAAGAGGAUAGUCAUGUCAGCUUUGAUCGCGUUAAUGUGGAAGGAAGCAAUGUUGGUGCAGUGAUGAAUGUGCGUCAGAGCAAACCGAAGGAGCUGCCUGACAGUUGUAUCAAUGUAUAUGUAAACAACAAUGUUCAGGGAGUGAAUAACUCCAUUUUGGUUGGGAGUGAGGUGAAGAUGGGUGACCCUGGGCUUGGCAUUUCAUUCGGGGAUGUCGCGUGGGAGAGAGUUAAGCGCAGCAAGAUGGACAUGAAUACAAUUUUCCACAGGUUUGGGUUCAGUGCUGUGUUUCUUUGUGCUUUUCUUCUUCUUGUCUCCCUUCUUCUCCCUCUGCUUAAUGGGGGAAAAUCAUGAGAACGCCUCCAAUCGCGUUCAAGCUUGUGAACUUCGGGCUUUUGAGACAUAGGUUUCUAGUAUUUUGAUCAUAUCAUUGCGAAGAGAGGAAGAGAAAGGUGAUAUUACGGCGAAAAUAGCAGUUCAUUUUUGUUUGUUUGUUUAUUGUUCUAUACUUCUAUGCCUCAAUAUGAACUGUUGGGUUAGAAUUUAUGUAUGAUUAUGAUUUUCUGGGUUUAUAUAACCAUUUUUGAUGGUCUUCAUUUACAUUUGAAGUUUGUUAGCUUUUGCCUAUUUAUAAUUCCAAUUUGGUUGGGAUUGAGGAAA